AUGAUGGUAUCGAAAACGGUUGGUUCUAAAGACACUGAAGACGAUGACAUUCUUGAAGAUGAUGAAGACUUGAGUAUUGAAAUACGUCGUGAACGAUCCAAUACAUUUUUACGCGCUUUUACUUCGGAUGAUAAUGAUGAUUCUGAAGAUGAUAGUUUUAUUAAACAAGAACGAACAUUUAUUCGACGUGACGAUUGGAAUUCAACCUAUUAUAGAGAUAGAAAUGGUCGUCUUUGUGUUUUAUGUAAAUGGAAUAUCUUACCAUGUUGUGAACCGAAUAUUUGCAAAAAACGUCACAUACGUUUUAAUGAAUGUGUUGAAAUUAAAGGUCGAUAG